CCCGCCCGCGCGCAGCGACGGUGCCUAGCCAUGGGGCUGCCGGGGGAGAAGGCCCUUGUCUACCCGCCGCGGCCCGAACUGCUGCCCGCGGCCCACAUCCCCUCCCUGUCCCACUACCAGCGCCUGUACCAGCGCUCCGUGGAAGAGCCUCACGAAUUCUGGGGGGACAUCGCUAAAGAGUUCUACUGGAAGAGUCAGCCCACGGGACCGUUCCUGAAGUACAACUUCGAUGUGACCAAGGGGAAGAUCUUCAUCGAAUGGAUGAAAGGAGCGACCACCAACAUCUGCUACAACGUCCUGGAUAGAAAUGUCAAUGAAAAGAAGCUUGGGGACAAAAUUGCUUUUUACUGGGAAGGGAAUGAACCUGGGGAUUCCGCGAAGAUCACCUACCGUGAGCUGCUGCACAAAGUGUGCCAGUUUGCCAAUGUCCUCCGCAGCCAAGGGUUGAAGAAAGGAGACAGGGUUUCCAUCUACCUGCCAAUGAUCGUGGAGCUGGUCGUAGCCAUGCUUGCCUGUGCCAGGAUUGGAGCUCUGCACUCUAUUGUGUUUGCAGGUUUCUCUGCUGACUCCCUUUGCGAGCGGAUCCUUGACUGCAGUUGCUCCCUCCUCAUCACAGCAGAUGCUUUUUAUCGAGGGGACAAGCUGGUCAACUUGAAGCAGAUUGCAGACGAAGCCAUCCAGAAAUGUGCAGACAAGGGAUUCUCUCUGAAAAAGUGCAUCGUGGUGAAGCACCUGGGCAGGGAGGAGGCGGGAGCGGCUGGGACCUGCAGCAAGUCUCCUCCUCAGAAAAAGCUGUGCCAGGAAUUGCAGACCCCCUGGAACCCAGCCAUAGACACGUGGUGGCAUGAGCUGAUGUCUGGUGCCAGCACAGAGUGUGAGCCCGAGUGGUGCGACGCCGAGGACGAGCUCUUCAUCCUCUACACGAGCGGCUCCACUGGAAAACCCAAGGGUGUGCUGCACACCAUGGGUGGAUACAUGAUUUUUGCUGCCACCUCCUUUAAAUACGUGUUUGAUUACCAACCUGAGGACGUGUACUGGUGCACAGCUGACAUUGGGUGGAUAACAGGCCAUUCCUACAUCACCUACGGCCCCCUGGCCAACGGGGCCACCGGCGUGUUGUUUGAAGGCGUCCCCACCUACCCAGAUGUUGGCAGGAUGUGGAGCGUCGUUGACAAGUACAAGGUGACCAAGUUCUACACAGCACCCACGGCCAUCCGCAUGCUGAUGAAGUACGGCGAGGAGCCUGUCAAAAAGCACAGCAGGAAGUCCCUGAAGGUGCUGGGGACCGUGGGUGAGCCCAUCAACCCCGAGGCCUGGCUGUGGUACUACCGUGUGGUGGGAGAGGAGAGGUGCCCCAUUGUGGACACCUUCUGGCAGACAGAGACGGGAGGCCACAUGCUGACACCCCUUCCUGCUGCCACCCCCACGAAGCCAGGCUCUGCCACAUUCCCCUUUUUUGGUGUGGUCCCUGCCAUCCUGAACGACUCGGGGCAAGAGCUGGAAGGAGAAGCAGAAGGUUUCCUGGUGUUCAAGCAGCCCUGGCCAGGGAUCAUGCGCACGGUCUACGGGAAGCACCAGCAGUUUGAAACCAUUUACUUCCAGAAGUUCCCUGGCUACUACUUGACAGGAGAUGGUUGCAGAAGAGAUAAAGAUGGUUAUUACUGGAUCACAGGGCGAAUUGAUGACAUGUUGAAUGUUUCUGGCCAUUUGCUGAGCACAGCAGAGGUGGAGUCAGCCCUGGUGGAGCACCCUGCAGUGGCUGAGGCUGCCGUGGUCAGCCACCCCCACCCCCUGAAGGGAGAGUGCCUCUACUGCUUUGUGACCCUGAGAGAGGGCUACGAGUUCAGCCAGGACCUCACAGAUGAGCUCAAAAAACAAGUCAGAGACAAAAUUGGGCCCAUAGCAACACCUGAUUACAUCCAGUACGCCCCCAGCCUGCCCAAAACCCGCUCAGGAAAGAUCACCAGACGCAUAUUGAGGAAGAUUGCCAAAGAUGACCACGAGCUGGGAGACAUCUCCACCUUGGCAGACCCGGGUGUCAUCACACAGCUUUUCAACAGCAGAUGUGACACUGCUCCUGCAGGAGCAGCUCAGUAGGACAGUGGCAGUGGCAUCUGAUGGGCAGGUCCCUCCAACAGCCACUGCCUGCCCGGGAAGGAAACCUUCACCUGUUGAAUUAAAUGUACCAAUGGUAGAAACAAGGAGAGUCUGGCUCUGGAGAGGCUGUGUCCAUGCCCUGGGUGAGGUGUCUGUCAUGUUCCAGAUGGAUGUCACACAUCUGAGGGUCAGCCUGGUGCACAGAGGGACUCAUCCUCCUCCUUUUUCAGCACCUCGUUCUUGGUUUUAAUUUAAUUUUGGGGGGUUGGGGAGAGGGUGUUAACUUACUUUCUGUCUGGAGGGGCCCUGGCACCUUGUGCACAGUGGGAAGGAGCUUUGGGGCUUGCAGGGGAAGUGAUGCUGGAGUUACUCAAUGCAGGCAGGCCUGGGAGGGGCAUCCACCACUGCCCACAGAGCAGCUGAGCUUCCUGUUGUGCUUGGAGAGCUGCAGGAGCACUGCAGCAGCCACAUCAUCACUGCAGGGCUGUGCUCGUCCUGCAUCCACUGGCCUGCUGCUAGCACAGCUCCCUGCAGCCUCCAGGGCACUGGGGCAAGGCUCCAGGGAGCUCUGGGCUUUAAACAGGUUUUGUGGGGCAAUCUGAUACCAAGAUCUGCUGCUCCUCACUGUGUUGUGCCAGCUGGUGCAUUGUCCCCAGCCCAGGGUCCUUCACUGGCCAUGGACACCACUGGAAGGGAAAAGCCUUGGUGUGACGUUUCCAUGGAGUCCCAGUUCCUCCAGUUCUGCUGCACCAGCUCAGAGCUGAAGCAGAGCUGGAGCAGCUGGAUGCUCCUCUUGUGUCCUGGGGGAGGAAGGAGAGGAAAUGGAGCCAGGCAGAGGCACCUUUCCCAUGGCACCAUGAGCACUGCCACAGCAGAGAAACCAAGGCAGGCAGGGCUGUGGGAGUCCUACUCAUCUCCUCAUCAGGAAAAAUGGUGGGAGAUGUUUCAAGUCAGUGUUUGCUUCAAUCUGACCUGACUUAAGGAUGAUGAGAGCUACAGGCCCACAACCCUUUUCCCCAAGAGCCUUGACCACCACCAGGGUCCUGCCAAAGCCAUCCUUCCUCCAGUGAAGGAACUUUAACUCCAGCCAAGGCUGAGCUGGGGCUCAUACUUCCUUUGCAAUGUCUCUGUGAAACCUGCAUGUGAACUCUUUGAUUUUGCACUUAAACCAAAGGAGAACUGGGCUUUAAAACUUGCUGCAACAGCUGUUUUGGGGAGUGCCAGUGGCCUGGGAUUACCUGCAACCUGAGCUGACUUGGGGCUGGAAAGGAGGAGCAGCUGCCUCAGGGUGCCCAGGGCAGGUGUUGGGGUGCUCCUCUGGGCUGUUGGCCAAGUCCCAAAUCUCACUUGUUACCUGCUGCUCUCACUGGCACAGCAGCUGUGUCACCCGUAACCUCGGUGCCUGCCUGUCCCCAUGUGCCCCCACAGCUCUGUACCACUGGAUUGUGCCACCUUGGUGACAAGGAUUCCUACAUCCUCGUUCCUCCUGUUACUCUUUGUUAGCUAUGUAAUUUUGGCUGGAAAACAGCGAGAAUUUAAUGCAAAAUUGAAUAAAAUUCAAGAAAACAAAA